AUGUCGCAACUCGCGCAACAGGACGAUGUGCCUGUUCCUGCUACUGUAGAGGAAAACUCGAGGGAUCCGUCUUCCAUUGAUGAAGAUGCUGCGUUAUUGGAAACGCUGGGAUACAAACAGGUCCUCCAUCGAUCAUAUACUUUUCUAGAAAACUUUUCGACUACUUUUGCGGCUCUAUACUUUGUCGGUGGUGUUCGUGUCACUUUCAGCACCGGAAUUGCCAGUGGUGGUAACCUCGCUUACUGGACGAGUUACCUCGUCACACUCGUAUUCAGCUUCAUAACAGCCGCCGUCAUUGCCGAAGUCUGCUCCGCUUCACCUUCUGCAGGCUCCAUCUAUCUCUGGGCCGCUGAAGCCGGUGGUCCCAAAUAUGGUCGUUUGUUGGGAUUUGUGGUUGCGUGGUGGAGUACUACGGCCUGGACGACGUUUUGUGCUAGUAAUACGCAGGCUGCGGUGAAUUACAUGCUUUCUGAAAUCACCGUGUUCAAUCUGGAUUUUCCUACUGAUCCGGGUGAUGUCAAAUUCCGGGCUGUGCAAUGGGCCUGCACCGAGGUUUUGCUUGCGUUAGCUGCGCUGAUCAACUUUAUACCUCCGAAAUACUUCCGAUGGGUCUUUUACUGCUCCUCCGCAAUGGUCCUUCUUGAUUUUUUACUCAAUAUGAUCUGGCUCCCCAUUGGAGUCGUGAAUAGCUGGGGUUUCCGUACAGCCCAUGAAGCUUUCAUGACAACGUACAACGGCACCGGGGCCUCUCCAGGCUGGAAUUGGUGUUUGUCCUAUCUUGCUACAGCCGGUAUUCUGAUUGGGUUCGAUGCUUCGGGACAUGUUGCCGAAGAGACCAAGAAUGCCUCUGUGGUUGCUGCCCGGGGUAUUUUCUGGAGUACUGUUGUGAGCGGGUUGGGUGGAUUGGUUGUCAUUAUUCUCUUUCUUUUUUGCUCGCCUGAUCCUGAUACCCUUUUCUCCUUUGGCGCGCCUCAACCGUUUGUCUCCCUUUAUGCCGUGGUCUUGGGGCAAGGUGGUCAUAUUUUUAUGAAUAUCGUCUGCAUCGUCGCUUUGUGGUUUAACACCGCAAUCGCCAUCGUCGCGGCUUCCCGUCUUGUCUUCGCCGUAGCCCGUGACGGCGUCCUCCCUUUCUCGGGCUGGGUGUCCCAAGUCUCCGCCGAGGGCCAACCGCGUAACGCCGUAAUCGUCGUCUGGGCCGUCGCCGCUUUGGUUUCUUGCACCAUCCUCCCGUCCGCGGUGGCAUUCACCUCGCUCAUUUCAGCGGCCGGUGUCCCCUCUGCGGCUGCCUAUGGAUUGAUUUGUCUUGGAAGAGUGUUUCUUACGCCCAAAUCCUUCCCGAAGCCGAAAUGGAGUUUGGGGAGAUGGAGUAAGCCGUUUCAGAUUAUUUCGAUCUUUUGGAAUGGGUGGGUGGUGGCUGUGUUGUAUUCGCCGUACUCGUUUCCGGUGACUGGGGAGACGUUGAACUAUGCACCCGUCAUUAUGGGUGGCGUGACUAUUUUCGCUCUUGUCUCGUGGUGGUUCACACCCGAAGAUGCGUGGUUGCCGCGGAAAAGGAUCCAGCAUUUUGUCGAGAGCAAGGGAGAGGCGAGAGCGACUACGGCGGAGGUUUCGGAGUGA